AUGGCAGACAGGAGAGCUCUUAUCUUGUUUAAAGGGGCACCUGCCAUCGAGCUCCUGCCAAUUGUUGCCAACCCCCUCGCAGCUAGCAGUUAUGGCUCCCACCUGAGUUACACGAACGUCCUAUGCGAAGUCUCAGAGCAGAGGCAGGCCCAGCAGCUGCCUGUACCAAACUGGUUCCGCAGCAAGAGUGGCAAGCCAGGACCUGCAGCUGCAGGGUCCUCAGAGGGUGCUUUCUCUGUGGUCCGCAGGUGUGUGAAGAAAACCUCCACGCAAGAGUAUGCAGCAAAAAUCAUCAAUACCAAGAAGUUAUCUGCCCGGGAUCACCAAAAACUAGAACGUGAGGCCCGGAUAUGCCGACUUUUGAAACAUCCAAACAUUGUGCGCCUCCAUGACAGUAUUUCUGAAGAAGGGUUUCACUACCUCGUGUUUGACCUUGUUACCGGCGGGGAGCUGUUUGAAGACAUCGUGGCCAGAGAGUACUACAGUGAAGCUGAUGCCAGCCACUGUAUACAUCAGAUCCUGGAGAGUGUUAACCACAUCCACCAGCAUGACAUCGUCCACCGGGACCUGAAGCCUGAAAACCUGCUGCUGGCGAGUAAAUGCAAGGGUGCUGCCGUCAAGCUGGCUGAUUUUGGCCUAGCCAUUGAAGUCCAGGGAGAGCAGCAGGCUUGGUUUGGUUUUGCUGGCACCCCGGGUUACUUGUCCCCUGAGGUCUUGAGGAAAGAUCCCUAUGGAAAACCUGUGGAUAUCUGGGCCUGCGGGGUCAUCCUGUAUAUCCUCCUGGUGGGAUACCCUCCCUUCUGGGAUGAGGAUCAGCACAAGUUGUAUCAGCAGAUCAAGGCUGGGGCCUAUGAUUUCCCAUCACCAGAGUGGGACACGGUGACUCCUGAAGCCAAGAACUUAAUCAACCAGAUGCUGACCAUAAACCCUGCGAAGCGCAUCACAGCUGACCAGGCUCUCAAGCAUCCAUGGGUCUGCCAACGAUCCACGGUGGCGUCCAUGAUGCAUCGUCAAGAGACUGUGGAGUGCUUGCGCAAGUUCAAUGCACGGAGAAAACUGAAGGGUGCCAUCCUCACGACCAUGCUUGUCUCCAGAAACUUCUCAGUUGGCAGGCAGAGCUCCGCCCCCGCCUCGCCUGCCGCGAGCGCCGCCGGCCUGGCCGGGCAAGCUGCCAAAAGCCUACUGAACAAGAAGUCGGACGGUGGUGUCAAGAAAAGGAAGUCGAGUUCCAGCGUGCACCUAAUGCCACAGAGCAACAACAAAAACAGUCUCGUAAGCCCAGCCCAAGAGCCCGCGCCCUUGCAGACGGCCAUGGAGCCACAAACCACCGUGGUGCACAAUGCUACAGAUGGGAUCAAGGGCUCCACAGAGAGCUGCAACACCACCACAGAAGAUGAAGACCUCAAAGCUGCCCCGCUCCGCACUGGGAAUGGCAGCUCGGUGCCUGAAGGACGGAGCUCCCGGGACAGAACAGCCCCCUCUGCAGGCAUGCAGCCCCAGCCUUCUCUCUGCUCCUCAGCCACCUCUCGCUCCUGUGAGGAAAGGCUUGUGGCCUGGGCCAGCCCGGGGCUCUGGAAGAUUUGCGAUCCAGGCCUCACUUCCUUUGAACCUGAGGCCCUUGGUAACCUCGUGGAGGGGAUGGAUUUCCAUAAGUUUUACUUUGAGAAUCUUCUAUCCAAGAACAGCAAGCCCAUCCACACCACCAUCCUGAACCCGCACGUCCACGUGAUUGGGGAGGACGCAGCUUGCAUCGCCUACAUCCGCCUCACCCAGUACAUCGAUGGGCAGGGUCGGCCUCGCACCAGCCAGUCGGAGGAGACCCGGGUCUGGCACCGCCGGGAUGGCAAGUGGCUCAAUGUCCACUAUCACUGCUCAGGAGCCCCUGCUGCACCGCUGCAGUGAGCUCAGCCACAGGGGCAUUAGGAGAUCCCAGCCGGAGGUCAAACCUUCGCAGCCAGUGGCUCUGGAGGGCCUGAGUGACAGCGGCAGUCCUGUUCGUUUGAGGUUUAAAACAAUUAAAUUACAAAGCGGCAGCAGCCAAUGCACGCCCCUGCAUGCAGCCCUCCCGCCCGCCCUU